AAACCAAAAACUGUGUAUAAAAGAGGCACCUCCUCUGCUCUACCUACAUAUUAUAUAUCAUUUCUCCACAUUGUUCAUCAGCUCUCUUUAUCUUUAUCUAGCUCUCUAUUUCUACUCUUAAGCAUAAGAGUUCUUGAUGGCCCUAAAGAUGGAAGCUAAAGGCGGAAAGGGAGGGAAUCAGUGGGAUGAUGGAGGCGACCAUGAAAAUGUAACAAAGAUACAUGUACGAGGUGGUCUUCAAGGAAUUCAAUUCAUCAAGUUUGAGUAUGUUAAGGCUGGACAAACAGUUGUUGGACCAAUCCAUGGUGUAUCAGCUAAAGGUUUCACACAAACGUUUGAGAUUAAUCAUGAUCAUGAACAUCUGGUAUCAGUAAAGGGUUGCUAUGAUAACAUAUCCGGUGUGAUUCAAGCACUUCAAUUCGAAACCAAUCAGAGGAGUUCUGAAGUCAUAGGAUACGAUGACAAUGGCGCUAAGGUCACACUUGAAGUCACUAGUGGAAACAAAAUCAUUGGGUUCCAUGGAUCUGCUGAGGCAAAUCUAAAAUCUCUUGGAGCUUAUUUCACACCACUUGCUCCCAUUAAAUUGGAAUACCAAGGUGGUUCUGGAGGCAGCCCAUGGGACCAGGGUUAUCACACCGGCGUAAGAAAAGUCUAUGUUGCAUAUGACUCCACUGGGAUAUCGCAUAUCAGGGUCGACUACGACAAAGACGGCAAAGUGGAAACGCGUCAAAACGGGGAUAUGUUACAUAUGAAUCCGCCAGGAAAACCAAACGAGUUUGCAGUGGACUAUCCAUAUGAAUAUAUUACAUCAAUGGAGGUGACCUGUGACAUAGUCCGUGGCAGCACAGACCGAGUUAGGUCGUUAAGUUUCAAGACAUCAAAAGACAGAACAUCUCCUACAUAUGGACAUAAGGGUGGGCGAACUAUCGUGUUUGAGAGCAAAGGGAGGGCUCUUGUCGGGCUCCAUGGAAGGAGUUGUUGGGCUAUGGAUGCUAUAGGUGCAUAUUUUGGUACGAUCCCUAUUCCUCCUCCUCCUCCCACGGAGAAACUACAAGGAAAAGGUGGUGAUGGAGGUGAAUCAUGGGAUGAUGGAGCUUUCGAUGGUGUGAGAAAGAUAUAUGUGGGACAAGGUGAUAAUGGUAUUUCAUCUGUCAAGUUUGUGUAUGACAAGAACAACCAGUUAGUCCUAGGAGAAGAGCAUGGAAAGAAGACUAUGCUUGGAUACGAAGAGUUCGAGUUGGAGUAUCCGAGUGAAUACAUCACGGCAGUGGAGGGUUAUUAUGAAAAAACAUUUGGAAGUGACUCUGCAGUAAUAAUCAUGCUUAAGUUCAAGACCAAUAAACGAACCUCUCCGCCUUUUGGAAUGGAAUCUGGCGUUAGCUUUACACUCGGGAGGGAAGGUCACAAAGUGGUCGGGUUCCAUGGAAAAGCUAGCCACGAGCUUCAUCAGAUUGGGGUUAGUGUCGCACCAAUCACCAAGUGACGACGUCCUUAAACUAUAUGCUCAUAUUGAAUUUGACCAUGCAUGUUGGUUAAGGGCCUCUCUCGUAUCUCCACCACUUUACUACGUACGUGUGUCGUCUCCAAUGGUUUUAUUUUGAAAUCUAUUUCAAUUAAGCAAAUCUCGUGUAAUAACAGCAAGGUUUUCGAACCAGGUUGACUUGUUAUUUUCAAUGAAGCAUUUCAUAAGCAUAAGACUUCUAAAGUCGUAAAAA